AUCUCAAAAGGCACAACAUAAUAAAAGGAAAGCAUCUUCCUUUGCCUCACUUUCCUCUUCUAAUUUCCUCCUCAAUCAGUCAAUCUCCCCAGAAACAAACACAAAAACCCUUCCAGCAAACAACAAUAUAAAACAGUAACACAAAAUCUGAGUCACCAACAACCCAUACUAGAAGCAGCUGCAGAAACCAAAGUACAACAUAGCAAUUUGACCACCAUGGAUGAAUCUGACGAGUACCCAAAAGAGUAUUACCCCGGCCAGCAAAGAGUGACCUCCAUGUCGUCGUCCUCAUCCACCACAAGCGUCCACGUCACCGCCCUGGACGGCCUGGUCAACGUCAACUCCCUCUUCACCAUCGCAGUCUUCGUGGGCCUGUCCCUGACCGUUCCGGGACAAAAGAGCCUCGAGAACAGGACAGCCUGCGACGCCGGCAAUGACGUGGCCAAGAAGCUUCUUGUCUUCGAGGUUGUCUCCUUCAGCUUCUUUCUUUUCUCGUCCCUGAUCGCCCAGGGCCUCAAGCUCGCCAUCAACUUGCUCAACAGCAAAGACGUCGACGAGGCCUUCCGGGCCCACAUCAACCUCAAGGUCCUCAGGUUCGGGAUGUUAGGGUCGGCGUUCGGAUCCGUCAUGGGUUGUCUGUUUCUAAUGUUGUCGAUGGUGAAUGUGAUUCAGAUCCGGUUGGGGAUGUUGUCUUGUGGGAGCAAAUCUGCGGUUCAUUCUGUUGCGGCUCUUGUCGUUUUGGUCAGCUCGGCGCUCUUGGUCUAUCUCACUACUGCUAUCUAUGCUUUUCUUCACUAGCAAAAAAAAACCCAGUUCCUUAUUCAAUUACCAUAAAAUUUGUAAUACCCAGUUUGAGCUAUGGAUGCUGGACUUUGAUGCAUUUCAGGGUUUAUGGGGGUUAUUGCCUUAUUGGUUCCACUUCCACAUUGAUUAGACCAAACAGAGCGUACUUGUUUUUUUUUUUUGAGUGUAGAAUACUAUUCAUGCUCGUAUUUUCUGGGGCAAAAGUAUUUCAAACUUGGGAGAAGGCAUUACGCUCAAGGCACAAAACCUACAAGCAAAGAAAUGAGUUGUGUACACGUAAAUCUAUCUAUGUAUGAAAGGAGGAUAAGAGCAACAACAAUGGGAUUGUGAAGUUGAGGCAUAUGAUGGCAUUGAUCCCUGGAGGGUGUGCUGCAACACUUGGAACCCGAUUUUGUGGCCUUUGGAUUCUCUGGCGUAUUAUUUGGCUAGAGAACAAUUUUGACGGGGAAUCUGUGAGAACAAGCGACUAGGAUUUUCCUAGAAGUAUUUUGGACUGUUGUAUAAUUAAUCUGUAUUUUCUGGGAUGUUUGAAAAUAAAAUUUAGACCUGGGUA